ACAAGGAGUCCCCCGAAAUGGCCAGCAAAAAGUUUAGUGACAUCAAUUUGUAUGAUCUUCUGGGAAUUUCCUUGGAAGCCGAUCAAAAUGAGAUACGCAAGGCGUACCGCAAAAAAGCGCUCGACUGCCAUCCUGACAAGAAUCCAGACAAUCCCAAGGCAGUCGAACGUUUUCACGAGCUGUCCAAGGCUUUGGAGAUCCUCACAGAUGAAUCCGCACGCGCCGCCUACGACAAAGUACUUAAAGCCAAAAAGGCUGCCGAACUGAGAAGUCGCCAGCUAGACGGAAAGCGGCAGAAACUAAAGCUGGAACUGGAGGAACGGGAACGGGCGGCCCUGCAUAAACUGGCCAAGAGCCAACCCUACAGCACAGUAGCCAAAAGCGACGAGGAGCUGCUACAGGAGCAGAUCGAACGACUGAGGCGGGAGGGAUCUCGUCUGCUGGAAGAGGAGCAGAGGGCCAUGCAGGAGCAGUUCCGGCGCAAUCAUGCCGAGAAGCAGAAACUCCUGCUACAGCCGGCCAAAUUUGAUUCCGCCGAGCAUCGCAUCAAAAUGAAAUGGAAGGCAGAACCCGGUCAGGAUUACACGCAGGAUCAGCUGCUGAAGUACCUUAAAAAAUACGGCGACGUAGUGGCCCUGGUGAUCAACAGUAAACGACGCGGACGCGCCAUGGUGGAGUUGGCCACCCGCGAAGCUUGUGACAUGGUGUUGGCUUAUGAAAAGGGCGAUCCCGCCAAGCCACUGCAUUUCGAGUGGGUGACGCCGCCGACGGAAGUUAAGCAGGCAUCCAAAACAAGAGCCACUGGGACCACUGGCUUAUCCACAGACUACGAGGAUCUUGUCAUGCGGAAAAUGCGACAGGCCGAGGAGCGAAAGAAGCUUAUUGAGCAGAUGAUGAAGGACGAGGAGGGCGAAUAAACAUAAGACAAAAAAUUAGUACAUAUUUAAUUUUAUUUAUUUAUUUUUUUACAAGUACAUAUGUAGGUAUUUACAAUUUCCAGUUAAUUUUAUACGUAAAAUUGAAUAAUUUCUAUUGAAUUAAAAAAAUACAGAUUUUUAAAUCACAAAA